GCAGGGGUUUUUCGGGUCGAUUGACGGACACCUCUAGAUCGCGUUGUCAGUGUCGUUUGCGUAUUACCACAUGUGUUUGUUCUGCGUAGGUGCGCGUACGUUUGCACAGACUCUCACACACCCAUUGGAGUGUGCUUAGGCGAGAGGAUCCGGACGAAAAAGACGUGCAAUAUUCGCAAAAUUGUUGCGCAUUUAGCUAAAAACCAUCCGUCAGUAACAAUAAAACAAGUGAAAAACAAAAAUCAUGAAAUCCUUGCUGAUACUCUUUGCCUGUAUUGUUUGUGCAUUAGCUCGACCUGAACCAGAGCCCCCGAGAGCACGCAUUGUCGUGCCUGCGAAGCAACAGCAAUUGCCGCAGUACGAAUAUGGCGCACCGAAACCAGAAUACGGUCCACCAGCAGAAGAAUAUGGUCCACCACCGCCCACGGUGUAUGGUCCACCGGCCCGUGAAUAUGGCCCGCCACCGAAACUGAUCACUAAGAAUGUGUACGUGCACGUUCCACCGGAGGAACCGACCGAGAUUAUCAAAAGUCCCGUACUGGAAGCUCCCAUUCCCAAAAAGCAUUACAAAAUUAUCUUCAUUAAGGCGCCGGCUCCACCAGCCCCGAUCAAGCAGAUUAUUCCACCACAGCCACAGGACGAACAUAAGACCCUCGUCUACGUGCUGGUUAAGAAACCGGAGGAUCCUGCACCAUUGGAAAUUCCAGUGCCAGAAACUACCGAGCCCAACAAACCGGAGGUAUACUUCAUCAAGUAUAAGGAGGGCGAAAAGGAACCACACAAACAGUACGGUCCACCAGCUCCCGCCUAUGGACCACCGUCUGGCCCGGCCCGGUAUCAACAAUUCUGAGCACCUCAAAAACUAGACAAUUCCCAAUUGCUCUGGAAGUCGCAGUCGAAAGAAAAAGAUUUUCCAAGUUGUUUUUGUUUUAGUAGUAAUUGUUGUUGUACGUUAAGUUUUUAAAAGUUUGCAUACGGUGCUGUUGUUUCAUCCGAUUGAAAAGACAUUCCAUCUGUCGUUGAUCCCCAUGAACAGUCGCAAGGGUGUUGCCAUGUGAUGUACCGAAGCAUAAGGUUCCUUCUUUUUUCUUAAGCAAAUGGAUGGAACUCUUGGACAAGAAUGUGAAGGUUUCAGUGAAUGAAAUAAAUAUCCUAUCUCUCCAUAACUCAAUGUAUAUUCAGUCUAACACAGUUUGAUGACACUUCCUACACUUCCGUUGCCUACGAUGCGUUUACGAUACCACUCACUCACCCACCUGUAGACAUUCGCGUUAAUGUUGUACAUGCACCUAAAGGAAUGUUAAGCAACAAGGACCAUUUUAUUUGCGUUCUCCUGUGUUGAAUCGUGUCCAUCCGUACCGUUUGAUUCCAACUAACGAUAGUAGACAUGUCUCUGUCUAAUUCAGCUACACAAUAAAGGCGAUAGUUUGUUCAUAGCUCAGAAUCAGUUCUUAAAUAGAAAAACAAGCACCGUAAUGGAGAAAUUGGCAAAGAACUUGUAG